UUGUUACACAUCAAAUGCAUUUGCUGAAGAGAGCUGAUGAAAUAAUGGUCCUUUCUAAGGAUUUAUUGAAAACGUGAACACCGAAGAAGCCACAAAAAUGCCUCAUGCUCGCGUCAACCGUAACAAGUCAUUCAGUUCAUUGGGAUGUCAUAAUGGAAAUUCCAUGGAAGGCUCAGUUCAAACUAAACGUAGAGCUUCCUUGAUGAUAUCCUUCCAACCAAAACAAAAUAAUUCCAAUCAAGCUAUGCACCGGGAUCCAAUUAUAUCGUCCAUUGAAAUCCCUGACAUGACAAAAUUCCAAGCCAUAGAACCCGAAGAAGUGAAGCAUGGGGAUGUUGAAGGAAAAGUGUAUAUUGAAUAUUUCCGAUCCGGAGCAAGUGUAAUUUUGAUGACGAUUUUCAUUCUGAUUGUUUUGGCAGGACAUGUCAUAUACAUAAUGACCGAUUGGUGGCUGUCAUAUUGGAUAUCCAAACACGAAGACAUCUUUACUUCAGCGACCUCAAACACUUCUCAGCCAACUACAGCAGCAAAUGGAACAAAAUUGUCAACCGAUAGCACUAAAAUAAAAAACUUUGAUGACAAGUUUUACAAAAAUGUUUACAUUGGAUUUGUUGUUGGAACCGUUUUAAUAUUGCUGCUACAGACAAAUAUGCAUUUCUAUAUAUGUACGAAAUCUGCAUUCAACAUGCACAAAAAGAUGUUUCAAUCACUCCUGAACGCCCCGAUCCGAUUCUUCGAUAUUAAUCCUGCAGGAAGAAUCCUUAAUCGAUUUUCGAAGGACAUUGGACUAAUUGACGAACGUUUACCGGUCGUUUUUCACGAUUUUCUCUUUAUGUUAUUUCUUCUAGUUAGCGUAGUAGUGAUGGUGACAAUUAUAAACUACUUCGUGAUUAUUAUUUUCAUUCCACUGAUAAUAUAUUUUCUAUGGCUACAAAGAUAUUACUUGAAAACAUCGAGGGACAUCAAACGAUUGGAAGGAAUAUGUCGAAGUCCUAUAUUUAGUCUAGUUUCUUCCACUCUACAAGGAUUGCCAACAAUCCGUUCUUUUGGCGCUCAAAAUCAAUUUGAAAACAGAUUCAACGAAUACCAGGAUAUGCACGGAGCCUCGUGGUUUCUAUUUCUCGUUUGUUCGAGGUGGUUUGGAUUGAGGUUGGAUUUAAUCACAGCAAUGUUUGUCUCAUCUGUGGCAUUUAUGUGUGUUAUCGCUUCUUCAGUAUUGGGAUUAAAUGCAGGACAAGUCGGUCUGAUUUUGACAUAUUCUGUGUCGAUGACACACAUGUUUCAGUUUGGUGUUCGCCAGAGCGCUGAAGUUGAAAACUUAAUGACAUCUGUUGAAAGAAUUCUGCAGUAUUGCAAUAUACUUCCUGAGCCGGACAUUAAAAUUCCACCAAAAACACAUCAGAAAAAUUGGCCAAUUAGCGGCGCCAUACGUUUUGAAAAUGUCUCAUUUGCUUACCAUGAAUAUGGUCCAACUGUGUUAAGGGACAUUGAUUUUGAGAUCUAUGAUAAAGAAAAGGUCGGAGUUGUGGGUAGAACAGGCGCUGGAAAGAGUUCACUUAUUUCUGCUCUUCUUCGCCUUGCAGUUAUGAAAGACGGCAAAAUAUACAUCGGCGGCGAAUGUAUCAACACUUUAAAGUUAUCUGUUCUGCGUAGUGCAAUAUGUAUAAUUCCACAGGAUCCCAUGCUUUUUUCUGGCAGUUUAAGAAAGAACAUAGACCCUUUCAAUCAAUAUUCCGACGAAGACAUAUGGAAAGCCUUAAAACAGGUACAAUUGAAAGAUUCGAUUGAAUCAUUCCCCAUGAGGUUGAUGACGGAACUUGCCGAGUUUGGAUCUAAUUUUAGCUCAGGGCAGAGACAGCUGGUUUGUCUCGCUAGAGCGGUUUUAAAGAAGAGUAAAAUUUUGGUGAUCGACGAAGCCACAGCUAAUGUGGACGUGGAAACUGAUCGCAUGAUUCAAGAAACUCUUCGUCAAAGAUUUAAGCAUUGUACAAUUAUUACUAUUGCACACAGAAUCAAUACCGUGAUCGAUUCAGAUAAGAUCUUGGUACUCGAUCAAGGGCAAGUUCAAGAGUUCGGUGAACCUCACCUACUUCUGAAAAACAAAGAUGGAUACCUUAGCAGCAUGUUGCAUAGCUGCGGAUUCAUCCAGUCCCGUAUGCUAAGAAUUACCGCCAAAGAGGUAUAUGAUAAAAAGCAUGGAGUCUCAGGCAACAGUGAUUGACGAAAAGACGGAGUUGCUAUCAGUCCGAACAAGUGUGAUGAUACCCGAUCUGCACGAUUAAGAUCAACUCAACUCGCUUUGCUGGAAAGCAGCAUUUAUUUUGAAAUCGUUUAGUUUUCAAG